AUGGGUCAGAGUAAACUCAUUCCACCGGUGUGGAACUCGUGCGUGGACGCUUUGGAGAGAUACCGCUUUAUGAAGGAGCGAAAGAAGUCGGAGGAGUUCAUAACGGCGUUCGUCAAGGAGCUGCUGGUGAAACACCCGAACGCGGAGGCCUUGUGUACAGAAAGUGGAGAUAAUACGUCUUUCCGUCAGAAAAUCAAGCACUGGUUUGGGAACCAAGGGCGCGCCGAUCGGAAGCCGAAAUACCUACCAAUUGGCGACGACAUUCAGCCCGCAAUAAAAUUCAAGGCGCCUGCAGUUGUCGCACAUCUCCCCACCAGCGACACGAAGAAAUUUAACGACCUGUUCGCAGCGAAGAAGCGGAAGCAUGCGCAGUACGAGUGGUACCUCCGUGCAAACUGGGAGAGGGGUCUUCGGAAGCGCGCCGACGAGAGUUGGGCGAAAUUCACUCCUCACCUCCCAGAGGGCGCUGAUCUCGCGGCGGCGCGCACUCUGUUCAAUCAUAGGUUUGCCGCCGCCGAACUCGCCAGAAGAUCGCCGGAGUACAAGAAGAAUCUAUUGACCGCUCACAACGACAUCAAAGAGGAGGAGGAGGAGGAGGAGGAGGAGGAGGAGGAAGACUUGGUCGAUGAUAUCCCUAUAGAGACGCGCGUUCAGAUUCAGGACUUGGUAGAGGAAUGCAGUAACCAGCAGCUCUUCGACUCUGCUUGCCAAGCGAUGCUCAACCACUUGUACAAGAAGACCGGAAGAUCGUGUACACUGUUAGUAGGUGGCUGCGACAUAAUGAGGAAUGGCGGACUUGAACCACGCGCUUACUCAACCGAACAUGCUGAUGGCCGGAGCUUCGUUCGCUCCUCGCAUUACUCUGAGGAUAUCAUCCAACGCUUCAGCGCUUUCCUGGCCGAGGUCUUUUCUCCCGAUACGCAGAAAGAGCAUGCACUGUUCCCCGAAGCGCCGCAAGGCCCCCUCCACCUCGUGCCGGGCUUCACGGAAGAGGACACAUCCCCGCAAUCACAAACCGGAGACGCCAGUAUCGCCAGUGCGCCGGAUCCGUCCCCUGAACGGAAUGAACCUGGUGGAGUGGGUUCCACGGGCAUUGGGCAGCUGAGCGAUGUCGAAAGCGAGGACGAGGGGCCUCAGCACAGCGAUUCAGCGAAAGCGCGUGCAAGAGUGGAUGUUUCUAUGUCACCAGUUUUGACACCGCGCUCAACUGCCUCCGUGACGGAGCUUUCUGGAAAGAGCCUUGGCAUAAUGCGCACCGUCGAUGAUGAGGAUACUUCGAUGUCAUCUCCAGCCGUCUCAUCACAUAUCGUCGCGCACGCUGCGGUCGCUGGCACCUCCACACUUCAAGCUGGAGAACAAGGAAGAGACUUCUCUCCAAGUGCCAAUGGGGGAGGUGGCUCCGCAUCUACUAUCGUCCCCAACGCUACUCGCACGAAUGAUGAGGACGACUUUAUGGUGUUGGAACGUCACCAGUGCGGACAAGCACGGAGCGCCGCGCACAAUGACACCGAUGGAGAAGUUGUGAUGGGCGACGAGUCCGUCGAGCGCCUACCGCAAUCACUCGCUUCGUUGACCAGUAACGGACGAGCUGGUCCGUUAGACGAAGAAGGACGUAUUCCGGGUCCUCCUACAUCUGUGUCAACCUCGCCGCUGGCCAAGGAACGUGCGUCAGACAUAACGGGCUCCAACGCCGAUGAGGCCGCUCCAGUGGACGACGAGACCGCCGUUAGUCGGCGCAUACAAGGCGACAGUACCUCCGCCAUCAUGCCGCAACCUCAAGAGCCUAUGCUCCUUCCACCACUCUCUGUAAAGAGCGCCCCUAGCAUCAAGCUUAAAGGACCCAGCCAGGGCCGCUCAGUAUCUGUACCGGAGUCGCCGUCGGCCGAGGAGCGUGCGAUGGGUAUCGAGGGUCCCGAUACUGGCGCCGAGGUGUCGAGACAUCAUCAGAGCGGACAGACGCAGAGCGCCACGGACCGUGCCGCCAACGAAGACGUUCCGAUGGGCGUCGAGCUCGUCGAGCACCCGCCGCAACCAGUCGCUUUGCUGGCCGGCGCUGAACGAGCUAGCCCGGCGAAAGAAGAAGGAAGUGUGCAGGGUGGCCUGUCAUCUGUACCGACCUCGCCGCUAGCCAGGGAGCAUGCCGUGGAUGAUUCGGGUGUCGACGCUAAUGAAGCUACUCCGAUGAACAACGAGGCCGCCGUCGCAGUCGGUCUUCACGUUCAAGGCGACAGCGCCUCCGCCAUGGCGUCUCAAUCUCCCAAGCCCGUGGUCUCUCCGCCGCUCUCGGAGACUUCUUGCACCAGUGUUCGGCGUGAUGGUGCGCCGAUCUGUACUGGCGACGUCGCGAGGACGGAAGAUGCGCAGGGUCUCUCUGCUGACGUGUCUUCCCCUUCACCGGAAGUCGAGAAGGUGCAGAACGACAAUCGGCUACCACUCACGAGCGUUGCAUCCGACGCCCCGGAGGAAUUGCAAUUUGACUACGACGAACUAAGGAAGACUGGAGACCAGCUUGCUAACAUCGGCUUCUCAGACUCCACCCGCUCCUCUUGGUUCAAGCUUUUGGAUCUCUGGCUUGUUCAUGAGAAACAAGUCGGUUUUCAAUGGGGUGAUGGGCAAUCGGAGCUAUACUCGAUGCAAGAUUUCCCACCGUGGUGGCCGAAAUUUGUCGUGCAUCGCUCUCAUUCGGAGAAAUUGGGCCCCAAUAAUGCCGCCGCGCACGAGAAGGCCUGGCGUAACCUCUACACUGCACAGCAGCCGGCGUGGCGCACAUCAGCAAGUAGCUGGCCGCUACCGCGUCCUGAACACUGUGACGAGGUUUCUUGGAGCAAGAUUCGCAAAUACGGACCGAAGGGCGUCGUGGUCUUUCUGACUGGGCUCGAGAUGUGGGCGAAACGCGUCAAGAAAGACAACUCCGGUCAACUUCAAGCUUGGAAUGGGGCUCUAGAGGAUCUCUCUUGGGUUAUGGGGCAGAUGAUCCAGACGUUUUCCGGCAUCGUGACAGGCCCGGAAGACGGCGGUAUGGAGAAAUCAUCAGCGAGCCGAAAGCAACAAUCCCCAUCGAACGAGGCGUCGUCUGUGACCAGCGCUGGGUGGCCCUCACGCGGGAAGCUGGAGCCCGGCAUCUUGAAGAGGAAGGAGCCUCCAGAUGACUUGGAUCCACUGCAACGAAAGCGUGGAAGAACUAGGCGGCGGUGA